UUAAAUUCGUACAAUACAGAAUGGCUCAGCUGGCAAAGGGCAACAACAACAGGCUGCGGUCGAUUCCAGCGCAAUUUCGAUUCUUCUUCUUAUUCACAAUGGUGUUCGGCAGCAGUUUUAUUAUAUUUUCCCUCAUUAAUCGAACAGAAAUAUUUAUUAUCAACAACGAGCAAUUGAAGUCAUCUUUAGAUUUAAAUCAUUACGAUAUUGAACAAGAAGCAAGUUACACAAUCAAGACAGAAGGCUGUACAAUUCCAGGCCUAACAGCAUUAGAUGAUACCAUCAAAGAAUUUAAUAGGCCUCCAACAAAGUUGAAAAGUUGUCCCAAUGCUAACUAUUCCCUCGUCCAAAGCAACGAAACACAUAUUUGGAUCAAUGUGGAACUUUUAGAAUAUUACGAUGGAUCCAAAGAAGCAAAUAUAUCUUGUUGUUACCAAUCUUUUUACAGACCAAACUCAAUCAACGAUGUUUACUCUAUACACGUGGACGACAGAGCGCUUUAUAGUGACUGCAAAUAUUUUUCUAACAAUAUUCAAGUAAAACAUGAAUUUGUUAGAGUUACCUGCAACUAUGAUAGUAAAAGAAUAUACAAACAGUACUUUCUGUUUGCACGAAAAAUACACGAUCAUAAAAAGAAGCAGAAUAUCUCUAAUAAAAAUGAAUCCGAAUAUUAUAAUGUUAUUGUAAUGGGUAUGGAUUCCAUAUCAAGAUUAAAUUUUUAUAGAACCAUGCCAAAAACUUUAGCCUACCUUAAGGAUAAAGGUGCUAUAGAACUACUAGGUUACAACAAAGUGGACGACAAUACAUUUCCAAACUUAACACCUAUGCUACUUGGUAUCAAAGAAACUGAUUUAAAGAGAACUUGUUGGCCAAAUAAGAAUGCAAACUUUGAUAACUGUCCAUUUAUCUGGCAGUGGUUUAAAGAAGCUGGAUUCCAGACGGCUUUAGGAGAAGAUAGUGCAAAAUUAGGAACUUUUAAUUUUCUCAGACAUGGGUUUAUCAAAACACCCACGGAUUACUAUAUUAGAACUUUUAUUUACGAAGCCGAAAAAAAUGUUGGAAACACUUUGGAUUUCAAUUCAUAUAUCUGCAUGGGCAGCAAAUACUUUUACAAAGUGUUGCUUGAUUAUAUUCAAGACUUAACAGGUCUAUUAAAGAAUUCUAAAUUGUUUGGAUUUUUCUGGGAGGUGUCUAUGAGUCAUGACUACUUAACUUAUCCCAUGGCAAUGGAUGCUAGCUAUGAAAGCUUUUUGAAAAGACUUAAUAGUGAUAAUUAUUUAGAUAAAACUGUUCUAAUAUUACUAAGUGAUCAUGGAAUGAGAUGGGGUACCAUAAGAUUAACGAAACAAGGACGGUUAGAAGAACGUCUACCCUUUGUACAUAUAUUGUUACCGCCUUCGUUUAAAAAAAACUACAAUUUGGCUUAUAAGAACUUAAAAAUAAACAGCAAGCGACUAACAACACCAUACGACAUAUAUGCAACUCUGUCUGAUCUCAUAACACUAGAAGCAAUCAAAGAUGAAAAUAUAAAACAACGAACUGAAUCAUUUUAUGCUCAUAAAAAAAGUGUUAGUCUGUUUUUACCGAUACCUGGAAAUCGAACCUGCUCGAUAGCUGGCAUCGAUGAUCAAUGGUGUACUUGUCACAAAAGUAUAAAGAUAUCAAAAGAAAGUUUCGAAGCCCACGAUGUAGCCGAGGAACUAGUAAAAAGUUUGAAUAAUUAUUUAGAAGAACAUGAGGAAUGUGCGAAGCUUACACUUUCCAAAGUGUUGGACGUCACCGAGAUGAUGGUCGGGGAGCCGAGGAAGAACGAAGUGGGGUGGCGCGAGUUCAUGGCAGUGGUUCGGACGACACCAGGCGACGGCGUGUUCGAGGGCACGUUGCGCAAGCACAAGGACAAGUGGAGCCUCGCCGGUGCCAUCAGCCGGCUCAACCUAUACGGGAACCAGAGCCACUGCGUGCACCACUACCAGCUCAAGUUGUAUUGCUACUGUCGAUGAAUGCCAAACAUUUUAUUAUUUAUAAAAACUAGUAUUGAAAACUGUGAUAUUACUAAAUGUUUUGUGUAGUAACAUAGUUAUAUGUCGAGAAAUAUAUAUUUGAAUUGUGUAGAUACUUAAAAGGAUAUUGAUGCAUGUCCAUAUCCAGGCCUAAAUUAUAUUAUCUGCGUAUAUCUACGGCGUAGUUUGUUAAGGAACGUGAUUCGUUUGUACAUAUGUAGGUAUAAGUUGGUUGCAGAAUAUUUUUGACUAGAUUAUGACACUAUUGUUAUGAUACAUAUCUUUCUUUACAAUUACAUAUCUCUGAUGAUAUCUUGAUGUUAAGUUAAGUACUCUCCUAAAGUAAGUUCUACAUAAUUAUACAUACAAUAAGUAAAUAGGUACCCAUACAAUAACACAUAUUUAAAAUU